AUGGGUAAGAAGGUUGCUCCCGAGCUAAAAACUCGCUUGCAAGCGAUAAACGAUGAAAUGGAAUUCUACAUGGAACUGUUCAACAUUCCGGAAUCCAAAAACGACGAUGAUGAUGAGUCCGACUAUUUGUUGGAUACCGAUGAUGAGGCCAAAAAACAGCAUAUGAAAAAGAUGAAAGAAAGCGAAGAGGACAAGGAACACCGGUUGGAGGUCAAGAAAAAUAAAAUCGCCGGGAAGCAUAUGGGCCGCAAAAGCAAAGCGGGCACGGACAGCAACAAAGCCGAACGCAAGAAACUGAAAAAAGAAAAACUGUUGAAGGAAAAGCUAAAAUCGAUCAACAUGAUGGCCAUAAAACAGGAGCGUGGCAAAUUAAUCGAACAUAAGCCGCUGGAUGUAAAGAAGGAAAAGAAACCGGAACCAAUAUUCAAUGCGGAAGGAAAGAUUGUGUUCUCCAGAGUUCAGUUGGACGAAAGCGAUGUUCAGAAGAGAGGAAUUGAAACGGAUACGAAGAAACUGCUGAAGAAGGUCAUUGACAACAAAAAACAGCUGGCCGAGUUGAAGCAAUCGGGCGAUUUAGAGAAGUACGCGGAAAUAAAGAAGAAACAGGCAUGGGAGAAAGCAUUGGCAAAAACUGCCGGCCAAAAGGUACGCGAUAAUCCGGAACUGCUGUCGAAGAAAAUCAUUCAGCGCAAGAAGCAGAUUAAAAAAUCAAAGGAAAAUUGGAAGGAACGACAGCAAAAGGUCGAACAUCAGCAAAACCAGCGGCAAAAGGAGCGAACGGCCAACCUGAAGGAACGUGCUCAAAAGAAAAAGAACACCAAGCUGAAGAAAAUGGCCAAGAAGGGUCGAAUUAUACCUGGAUUCUAG